CUCCCCCCGACAUACAGGAAGAGCUGCGAGUAGAACACGAAGUAGAACCAGUCCAAAACAACGCGUUCUGACCAAACUACACCCCCCUUUGUGUUGUCCUCCACACCGCCGUCCGGGAGAAGGACGGGUCGGGUCUCCAUGUAUGCAUGCGGGAUAUACUGUCAAAAUCCGUUUUAGAAGGAGGAUUACCAAACUGGAGACGGUUUAACUCGUGGGCUGCCUCACCAAAAUCUGGACUGCCCAGUUAAAUGGAAAGUCUUAAAUGAACUGUGCCAUGUCGGAACACAGGUCCAGCUUCCUCCACAUCGGAGACAUCGUGUCUCUGUACGCCGAGGGCUCGGUGCAUGGCUUCAUCAGCACUCUGGGGUUGGUGGACGACCGUUGUGUGGUCCAACCAGAGGCCGGAGACCUGGCCAACCCACCCAAGAAAUUCAGAGACUGCCUCUUCAAGGUGUGUCCCAUGAACAGGUACUCGGCCCAGAAGCAGUUCUGGAAGGCCAAGCAGGGGAAGCAAGGGAACACCAACACACAGGGAGAGCUCUUCAAGAAGCUACAGCAUGCAGCAGAGUUGGAGCAGAAGCAGAACGAUUCGGAGAACAAGAAGCUCCUGGGGGAAGUGGUUAAAUACAGUAAUGUUGUUCAGCUGCUGCACAUCAAGUCCAACAAGUACCUGACGGUGAACAAGCGGCUCCCGGCGCUGCUGGAGAAGAACGCCAUGCGGGUGUCCCUGGACCCGGCGGGCAACGAGGGCUCCUGGUUCUACAUCCAGCCCUUCUGGAAGCUCCGCAGCGAGGGCGACAACGUGGUGGUUGGAGACAAGGUGGUGUUGAUGCCCGUUAACGCAGGACAACCCCUCCACGCCAGCAACAUCGAGCUGCUGGACAACACUGGCUACAAGGAGGUUAAUGCCGUCAACUGCAACACCAGCUGGAAGGUGGCCUUGUUCAUGAAGUUCAGCGAUUACAGAGAGGACGUGCUGAAGGGGGGAGACGUGGUGAGGCUGUUCCACGCCGAGCAGGAGAAGUUCCUCACGGGAGACGAAUACAAGAAGAAGCAGCACGUCUUUCUUCGCACCACCCUGCGUCAGUCCGCCACCUCUGCCACCAGCUCCAAAGCCCUCUGGGAGAUAGAGGUAGUGCAUUAUGACCCGUGUCGUGGAGGAGCUGGACAGUGGAACAGCCUCUUCCGUUUUAAACACUUGGCAACAGGGAACUACCUUGCUGCUGAGUCGAUACAGGGGAACCCAGAUUUCAAAGAUGAACCCGUGGAGACCAAGGGAGAGAGCGAGACGGAGACGCUGUUCUCCAAGAGGAAGCGCCAGGCGGCCGACAAGAUCAACUUCGUGCUCGUCUCCGUGCCGCACGGCAACGACAUCGCCUCGCUGUUUGAGCUGGACGCCACCACACUGCAGAGGGCUGACUGUCUGGUGCCCAGGAACUCCUAUGUGAGGCUGAGGCACCUGUGCACCAACACCUGGGUGACCAGCACCAACUUCCCCAUCGACACUGAGGAGGAGCGGCCGGUCAUGCUCAAGAUCGGCACCUGCUCCACCAAAGAGGACAAGGAGGCGUUUGCCAUCGUGUCCGUGCCGCUGUCCGAGGUCCGAGACUUGGACUUUGCCAACGAUGCCAACCAUGUGCUGGAGUCCACUGUCCGCAAGCUACAGUAUGGAAACAUCGCUCAGAACGAACGCAGGUUUGUGACGAAGCUCUUGGAGGACCUAGUGUUCUUUGUCUGUGAAGCGGUGAACAACGGCCAAGACGUUCUGUCGGUGGCCAUCUGCAGACCCAACCGGGAGCGGCAGAAACUCAUGAGGGAACAAAACAUACUCGCUCAGAUCUUCGGCAUCCUGAAGGCCCCUUUCACGGACCUGGGCGACGGGCCCAUGCUGAAGCUGGAGGACUUGGGGGACCAGCGCUACGCUCACUUCAAAUACAUGCUGAGACUCUGCUACCGGGUGCUGCGCCACUCGCAGCAGGACUACCGCAAGAACCAGGAAUACAUUGCCAAGAAGUUCUCCAUCAUGCAGUCCCAGAUAGGAUACGAGAUCCUGGCCGAGGACACCAUCACUGCCCUGCUGCACAACAACCGCAAGCUCCUGGAGAAGCAUAUCACCGCCAAGGAGAUCGAGACCUUCGUGAACCUCCUGAGGCGCAAUCGAGAGCCCAGGUUCCUGGACUACCUCUCUGACCUGUGCGUGUCCAAUAACACCGCCAUCCCCGUCACCCAGGAGCUCAUCUGUAAAUUCAUGCUGAACCCCAACAACGCAGACAUCCUCAUCCAGACCAAACUGAUCCCCAACACGGAGAACAGUCUGGAGUCGUCCCUGCUCCCCGUGGAGGAGCUGGAGGAGGAGGAGGUGUGGCUCUACUGGAUCGACGGCCACAAGGAGCCUCACGGCAAGUCCAUCCGCCACCUGGCCCAGGACUCCAAGGGCCACAACAAGAUGGACACCGACAUCAUCACCUACUACCGGUACCAGCUGAACCUGUUUGCCAAGAUGUGUCUGGACCGCCAGUACCUGGCCAUCAACCAGGUGUCCACCCAGCUGCCCGUGGAGCUCAUCCUGCGCUGCAUGUUCGACGACUGCCUGCCCUACAACCUGCGCGCCUCCUUCUGCCGCCUCAUGCUGCACAUGCACGUGGACCGGGACCCCCAGGAGGCCGUGGUGCCCGUCCGCUACGCCCGCCUCUGGACCGAGAUCCCCUCCAAGAUCACCAUCCACGAGUAUGAGUAUGAUGCCACCGACUCCCCCCGGGAGGAGAUGAAGAGGAAGUUCUCCCCCACCAUGGAGUUCGUGGAGGAGUACCUGCGGGACGUGGUCAGCCAGCCCUUCCCGUUCGGGGACAACGAGAAGAACGAGCUCACCUUGGAGGUGGUGAACCUGGCACGGAACCUGGUCUACUUUGGUUUCUACAGCUUCAGUGAGCUGCUGCGGCUCACGCGCACCCUGCUGGCCAUCCUGGACAUCGUCCAGUACCCCCUGGCCUACGUCAACAAGCUCAACAAGAGCCCCGAGGCCGGCAACAACGUCCUGCGCACCAUCCACGGCGUGGGGGAGAUGAUGACCCAGAUGGUGAUGAGUCGGGGUCUCCCCAACAGCCUGCCCGACAGCCCCCCCUCUCUGCGGCUGGGGAAGGGCCACCUCUGCCCUGACAACGAGGACGUGAUGGUGAUGGACACCAAGCUGAGGAUCAUCGAGAUCCUGCAGUUCAUCCUGAGUGUGCGGCUGGACUACAGGAUCAGCUACCUGCUGUCCGUCUAUAAGAAGGAGUUUGACAAGGAGAGCGUGUCUGAGAGCUCCCUCUCCAUGAAUGACAUUCCCAUCAUCUCCGCGUCUGAGCCCGACAUCGACGAGAUCGCCUCUAAAGCGGAGGCCAUGUUCGCUGGGAGCUCUGAGCGCAGCACGGUGGAGCUGGAUGACGAAGGGGGCCGCACCUUCCUGCGGGUCCUGAUCCACCUCAUCAUGCAGGACUACCCCCCGCUGGUGUCCGGCUCGCUACAGCUCAUCUUCAAACACUUCAGCCAGAGGGCGGAGGUGCUGCAGGCCUUCAAACAGGUCCAGCUGCUGGUGUCUGAACAGGACGUGGAGAAUUACAAGCAGAUCAAGACCGACCUGGACCAGCUGAGGCUGACGGUGGAGAAGUCGGAGCUGUGGGUGGAGAAGAGUGGGGGCUACAGCGGAGACGACCAGGCCAGCCGCCAGGCCAUGGAGCUGAACAACGAGAUCAUUAGCCCAGUGCAGGACGGAGACAUCAAGCCUCACAUUGAUGGCAAUAAAGCAAACAACUAUAACAUCGUCAAAGAGAUCCUCCUGCGGCUCAGCAAGCUGUGUUACCCCGGGAAGAAGAGCCGGAUCCAGCAGCAGAGGCUGCUGAAGAACAUGGGUGCCCACACCGUGGUGCUGGACCUGCUGCAGAUCCCCUACGAGACGAGUGACGGGAAGAUGAAUGAGAUCAUGACCCUGGCCCACGCCUUCCUGCAGAACUUCUGUCGAGGGAACACCCAGAACCAAAUCCUGCUGCACAAACACCUCAACCUGUUCCUCACUCCAGGGCUGCUGGAGGCGGAGACCAUGCGCCACAUCUUCAUGAACAACUUCCAGCUGUGUAACGACAUCAGCGACCGCGUGGUGCACCACUUCGUCCACUCCAUCGAGACCCACGGCCGCCAUGUCCAGUUCCUCCGGUUCCUCCAGACCAUCGUGAAGGCGGACGGGAAGUACGUCAAGAAGUGCCAAGACAAGGUCAUGACGGAGCUGGUGAACGGCGGGGAGGACGUGCUGGUCUUCUACAACGACCGCUCCUCCUUCCCACUGCUGCUGCAGAUGAUGGGGUGCGAGCGGGAGCGCUCGGACGAGGGCGGGGCGCUGGCCUACCACAACACACUGGUGGAGCUGCUGGCCGCCUGCACCGAGGGCAAGAACGUCUACACGGAGCUCAAGUGCAACUCCCUGCUGCCGCUGGACGACAUCGUCAAGGUGGUCAACGACGUGCACUGCAUCCCGGAGGUCAAGACAGCCUAUGUGAACUUUGUGAACCACUGCUAUGUGGACACGGAGGUGGAGAUGAAGGAGAUCUACACCUCGAACCACAUCUGGAAGCUCUUCGACAACUUCCUGGUGGACAUGGCCAGUGUGUGCAACAGCACCACUGAACGCAGCCAUGCCGACUUAGCCCUGGAGAAGUAUGUCACAGAGUCGGUCAUGGCAAUCGUCAAAGGGUUCUUUGGCUCCCAGUUCUCCGUCAACAACUCUAACCUGCAGACCAACCAGCCGGUGUUCAUCCAGCUGCUCCAGUCUGCCUUCAGGAUCUACAACUGUACCUGGAUCAACUCUGCUCAGAAGGCCAACAUCGAGAGCUGCAUCAAGACUCUAGCGGAUGUCGCCAAGGCCCGGGCCAUCGCCAUCCCGGUGGACCUGGACAGCCAGGUGAACACCCUGUCCCUCAAGGUCCACAGCAACAUGGUGCAGAGGGCCGCCAAGGACUGGAGGAUCAGUGCCCGCACACGGCCCCGCAAGGAGACCUUUGGAGGCCCCGACUACAAGAUCAUCAUCGAGAAGCUGCAGAAUGUGGUGACCUGUCUGGAGGAGCAGUUCAGCCCCAAGGUGCAGGCCGAGUUCUCGGUCCUGGUUGACGUGCUCCACAGCCCCGAGCUGCUGUUCCCAGAAGCUGCUCGACUGCGCUGUGAGAGCGGAGCCUUCAUGUCCAAGUUGAUCAAGCACACCAACAAGCUGAUGGACAAGGAGGAGAAGCUGUGCAUCAAGAUCCUGCAGACGCUCCGGGAGAUGCUGGACAAGAAGGAGAGCUUCCACGAGGCGGGAAGUGCGUUGAGAAGGAGUCUUCUGACACGCUACUUUGGGAGCCAGAAGUGUCUCCUGUCGGAGUUCGGCAGUGGAACCAGCCCGUCGGGGGGCUUUGUGAAGCCGGCGUCUGGAGUUGGGUUCCCCGUGCUAGACUCUGACAAGCCGGGGAGCAGCAUGGUGGAGAUCCAGUGCCUGCUCGACAGCGUGGGGGCCUCGGAGCUCGUCAUCGACCUCAUCGUCAACACCAAGAACGACCGUGUGUUCGAGGAGAGCAUUCAGUUCGGCAUCGCCCUGCUGAAGGGAGGGAACACAAAGAUACAGAAUUCCUUCUACCACCAGCUGUUCAAGCAGAAGAAGUCUGAGCGGUUCUUCAAGGUGUUCUACGACCGCAUGCGUCUGGCCCAGCAGGAGAUCCGCGCCACUGUGUCGGUCAACAUGUUUGAGCUGAGCACCAGGAAGAGGGACGAUGACGGAAGCGACGCCACUGCUCUCCACCUGAAGAAAGCAGGGAAUAGCUCUGGCCUCCAAAUGAGGGAGAAUAUGCGAGGGCAGCUGAAGGAGGCCUCGUCCGCCACCUCCAAGGCCUUCUGUGCCUUCAGGAAGGAGCUGGACCCCGAGCUGGAGUGCCUGAACCAGGGCAGCGAGGGGUCCGCCGCCGGGGAGGCCCUGGAGGACACUCAGAUGAGCCAGGCCAUCGCCAUCAUGAAACCCAUCCUGAGAUACAUGCAGCUGCUCUGUGAGAACCACAACACCAACCUGCAGAACUUCCUGCGCAACCAAAACAACAAGACCAACUACAACCUGGUGUGUGAGACACUGCAGUUCCUGGACUGCAUCUGCGGCAGCACAACCGGGGGCCUGGGCCUGCUGGGGCUGUACAUCAACGAGGGGAACGUGGACCUGGUGCGCCAGACCCUGGAGACCAUCACAGAGUACUGCCAAGGGCCCUGCCACGAGAACCAGUCCUGUAUUGCCAAGCAUGAGUCCAACGGCAUCGACAUAAUCAUUGCACUGAUUGUAAACCCCAUCAACCCCUUGGGAAAGCACCGGCUGGACCUGGUGAUGGAGCUAAAGAACAACGCCUCCAAGCUGCUGCUGGCCAUCAUGGAGAGUCGUCACGACAGUGAGAAUGCAGAGAAGAUCCUGUACAAGAUGAGGCCUAAUGAACUGGUGGACGUGAUGAAGGAGGCCUAUGCCCAGGGCGUGGAGGCCGAGUUGGACGGGGAAGUUUUCGGAGACCAGAUCAAGCCCAAAGACGUUGGACAUAAUAUCUACAUCUUGGCCCACCAGCUGUCGCGCCACAGUAAGGAGAUGCAGCUGCUUCUGAGGGAGGGGACCGCCGUCCCGCUGGGGGUGGAGCCAGAGGAGGAUUACGAGGGCGACGCCCUCCGCUACUACGCCAAUCACACGGCCCAGAUAGAGAUUGUGCGUCACGACCGCAGCAUGGAGCAGCUUGUGUUCCCCGUCCCCAACAUCUGUGAGUACCUGACCCUGGAGUCCCAGGUGAGGGUGUUCUCCACCACCGAGAGGGACGACCAGGGCAGCAAGGUCAACCACUUCUUCCAGCAGUUCGACCACCUCUACAAUGAGAUGAGCUGGCAGAAGAAGAUCCGCAAGAACAAGGCCCUGUUCUGGUUCUCCCGACACAUCUCUCUGUGGGGCAGCAUCUCCUUCUACCUGGCCUGCCUGCUCAACAUCGCCGUGGCGGUCUUCUACCCUUUCGGGGAUGACGGAGAUGAGGGCACCCUGCCCCCGUUCUGGAACGUGCUGCUGUGGGUGGCGGUGGGGGUGUUCACCAGCCUGCUGCCUGUCCUCCCCAAGCCCUGGGGCAUCCUGUUCUUCCUGGUGUCCCUCAUCCUGCGCUCCAUCUACACCCUGGGCCUGGGCCCCGCUCUGCUGCUGCUGGGGGCCGCCAACCUGUUCAACAAGGUGGUGUUCCUGGUGAGCUUCAUGGGGAACCAGGGUACGUUCACCCGGGGCUACCAGGCCGUGGUGAUGGACAUGCUCUUCAUCUACCAUCUGGGCUACGCCGUCAUCUGCGUGCUGGGCCUCUUUGCUCACGAGUUCUUUUACAGCUUCCUGCUGUUUGACCUGGUGAUCCGCGAGGAGACGCUGCUCAAUGUCAUCAAGAGUGUGACGCGCAACGGCCGCUCCAUCAUCCUCACCGCCGUGCUCGCCAUCUUCCUCGUGUACUUCUUCUCCAUCAUCGGCUUCCUCUUCCUCAAAGACGACUUCCGCAUGGAGGUCGACCGCCUCCCAGCUCAAGCUCAAGGGUCUCUGUGGGGGGCCGGCCGGGCCGGGGACUCCUGUGGCACGGAGAAGUGCCCGGAACCAAAGCCUCCAUCUGCCCUAGCCGAGCAGGAGGAUGGGACGGAGCGCGUCUGCGACACGCUGCUCAUGUGCAUCAUCACGGUCCUGAACCAGGGGCUGAGGAACGGGGGCGGGGUGGGGGACAUCCUCAGGAGGCCCUCCAAAGAGGAGCCGCUUUUUGCCGCCCGCGUGGUGUAUGACCUGCUCUUCUUCUUCAUCGUCAUCAUCAUUGUCCUCAACCUCAUCUUCGGCGUGAUCAUCGACACAUUCGCUGACCUGAGGAGCGAGAAACAGCGCAAGGAAGAGAUCCUCAAGACAACCUGCUUCAUCUGUGGCCUGGAGCGGGACAAGUUUGACAACAAGACGGUGUCGUUCGAGGAGCACAUCAAGGCGGAGCACAACAUGUGGCACUACCUCUACUUCCUGGUCCUGGUGCGCGUCAAGGACCCCACCGAGUACACGGGCCCCGAGAGCUACGUGGCGUACAUGAUCAAGGAGAACAACCUGGAUUGGUUCCCACGGAUGCGAGCCAUGUCGUUGGUGAGCAGUGAAAGCGACGGGGAGCAGAACGAGAUGCGUGGCCUGCAGGAGAAGCUGGUUGGGACCAUCACCCUGGUGCUGCAGCUCUCAGGGCAGCUGGCGGAGCUCAAGGAGCAGAUGACCGAACAGAGGAAGAACAAGCAGAGGAUGGGCUUCCUGGGCACUCCUCAGGGCACCACCAACAACAACCAUCACCACCACAUCCCGGCCCACUGAGGGGGGAAGGGGGCAAGGCCACGGAGGAAGGCACCUCUUUAGACCCUGGUCUGGCUCGGCCUACAGUGGAGGUUGACUUGUAGACAAAGCCCAGGUUAUGCUGCAGCCAGGCGUAAACCUACAUUGUGACCGCUCUCGUGUAAGGGAUCAGAAACCACUGACCCAACAAAUACUUUUUACGUUCACUUGGAACUAACGUAUGUGAGAUGUGCCUAAGGGCCGUUGCUGUGAACAUUCAUUCCUUCAACGUGUUUUGAGAUGCGUUCAAGACCGCAGGAGUGGCACGGAAGCACUCUGAUCUCUCUCAUGCUUCUCGGCAAGCGAGCUCCAUGGUGCAGACACAUCUGUCAGUGUGUUGGUGGGCCAGGGGUUCCAGAGGGGGGUUAAGGGGUCCAGAGGGGGGUUAAGAGGUCGAGGGAGGGAUUAAGUUGUCCAGGUAGGGGUUAAGUUAAGGGGACUGGUCCUGCUCCAGCAGCCCUCCAUGAGGGAGGAUCCUGUUGAGCCCCUCUGUCUGGCUGUCCGCCUGCGCUGCCUGUCUGUCUGCCCUGUCUGUCUGUCCGUCUGCCCUGUCUGUCUGUCUGUCCUCUCUGUCUGUCCCGUCUGUCUGCCCUGUCCGUCUGCCUUUAUAAGUGCUUGGUGUCAGGAUGCUGAGCUGCUGAUCAGUUGUGGAAAAUGGAGAUUAAACCGGAGUUUGAGGAUUUUAUCAUAAAGAAUGUUUUGUGUUUUUCUUUAGUAUUCUGCCUUGCGCUUUAAAAUUAACAAUCGGUCUCUACUGUUUGGGAGUUGACUUUCCUAAAUAAUAAUAAUGAUAAUAAAUACAGAUGUUUAACAAAAAACUGGAGAUGAUCAUGAUGCCUUUACUGAACCAAUUUAUUUUACUUUUUAUAGACUUUUACAAAGCAUAUGAAAUGCCUGAACAUAUGCAUUAAAGUAUCUUAUCAUGUGUGGAACUUACUUGAAAGGCCUUUCUGUGGUAAAUCAAAUAUUUGGUACAAACGGUAUGAUUUUGUGUUCUUAAUUACAGCAGACAUCCUUGUGAAGAGCGAUACUUUAAAGAUGAAAUGCUUUGUUUGCUCAUCUGGUGUACAUCAACCUGAUGUUCUUCUGCCCAGAGACAUGGUGGAAUCUUGCACAGCCAAAUAGCUUAGUUAGCCCAUGUUGCCUUCUGUAGAACAAAGUAUAUCAUAGUCUGUUUUUAUGUUCUCAAAUGCUCUAUUGUAAUAAAGAAAACAUUUGACAUACAAAA